AUGGGGUUGAAGAAGAAGCAGCUCCAGUUCGAGGAGGAAAUACUCUCAGAUAUCGAGGCUGAGCCAGAUCUUCCUCCUCGUCUACGGUCAUUUCCUCUGUUCGAGCUGCCCUCCGAGAUCCGCCUACGCAUCUACCAUUUCGUCCUAUUCACGCCAACUCGGAAGAGUGCAUUACAGCGCACUGGCAACGUCGGAGCCUCCGCGAAGAAGAGCAAGCCAUUGUCGCCAUCCUCACAACGUGUUGCCCUAUUUCUCGUCUCCCGGAAAGUUCACGAUGAAGCCACACACUACUUCUACUCGACGCAGACGUUCCGAGUAUUUCCAGUCCAGGAUUUCUUGAAGAUGCCCACACUCCGCGCCUUGCCUCGUCGCCACCGCCCUUCCAUCACAACCAUCGAGCUGAUUGUGGGAUCAAGCUGGACUGCGCCACCGCGGAGCUGGAUCGUGAAUCAGGGAUUAGGGUUACACGACAUGGAGCUUGCACGCACGCUCAAGGUGUUCGUGCAGUGUGACCCGUCCCACCCUGUGUUCGAGGGCUUCCGCAUCUCCAAGGAUUUCUAUACAGACUUCUGCGGGCAACUUCUGCAGAAGAUACUGGAACGGCUACCUGGUUUGGUCCAGGUUGAAUUCGAUGCGUGGCCCUCCGUGGAGAAGAAUGGGCCUUUGAUGGCGCGCUUGCUUGCGGAAACUCGGCAUGCGCAGAAGAAGGUCCUCUGGGGCCCUGAGAGAGGAUGGACGGAUUACGAUGAUCAUCAUAAGAAACACGACAAUAAUGACGCAGAUGCUGCCUUUGAUGCACUCCGUACUCACCCUCCUGAGGCCAUUGAGGGCUUGGCCAACUCUCUUCAAACUGUCACUUUGAAAUCAUGA